AUGUCGAAAUCAAAGUCAGCUCCCUCUUGUCGCGAGUUAUGCGUCCGGCGGAUGCGGGAGAUUCAUGAUCUUGCCCGGAACGCCUCGUCCGAACCGACGAUCCUAGAAGGUUUUCUUGCCCGCUAUCCGAGCGUGGCGAGAAUCGCCGAGGACUUUGAGAACGCGCAUCUAAAGCUUAUACAAGAGACUACUGAGUUCGACGCCGAGGACGCGAUUCGGGCAGACUUUGAUAAAAUGCAUUACGCCGUGAAAGGACGGUAUCACGCGCUCACGGGCACGGCGCCCGGAACCGCACAGGCUCAUUCCGCGAGCCACGCGUCGGCGAUCAAGUUACCCAAAAUUACGCUUCCGCAAUUUUCGGGCGAUCUCGCGCUGUGGCCGUCUUUCAUCGCGUUAUACAACAUCUCUAUUCACGAGAACCGGAACGUCCCUGCCAUAGAGAAGUAUCAAUAUCUGAUAUCCUGCUUGAAAGGAGAAGCGCUGAGCGUCGUCAAGAACAUCCCUCUCUCCGCCGAUAACUACGCGAUAGCUUAUGACGCCUUGAUUUCGCGAUAUCAAAACAAACGAGACUUGGCGGAUUAUCACGUGGACUUGAUGUUGAAAGCUCAGCCGUUGAAGUCGGAGUCGGCCGUCCCCCUGCGCACGCUGUUGAGCACCUUCACCGAGAACACGCGAGCAUUGAAUCUAUUAGGAUUUCCUACAGACGCUUGGGAUUAUCUCCUUCUCAAAUUCUUGCUGGAGAAGCUCCCUCGCUCGCUCCGCGAGAAGUUCGAAUCUGAACACCGGGCGGAGGAAAUACCGAAAUUCACGCAGCUCACAAAGUUCCUCUCUGAUCACUGCCGGGUUCUCGCGUCGGUAUCGGGCUCACAAAAUACGUCGCAAAAGUCUCAGUCGACUUCGUCAAAGAAUUCCGCGUCGGCUUCGUCGCUCGCAACUCGAACCGCCGAGUGUCCGGUAUGUAAAGAACAACACCCUGUUGCAAAAUGUUCUCGGUUCUUAAAGUUAGCACCCCGAGAGAGGCAUUCGACGGCUAAAGCUUCGAACUUGUGCUAUAACUGCCUCCGCGCGGGCCACAGCGUUAAUGACUGUCCAUCGUCGUGGACGUGUCGGUCGUGUAAGGCCAAACAUCACACGCUCCUGCAUUUUGAGCAGAACUCGGGCUCGGCGAAUGCACCCCCAGACGCCGAACCACCCUCCGAAUCGGGGACAACGUCAUCGCAGGGAAGCGAACCCCUCGUUAGCAUGGCUAGUGUCGCGCGGUCGAACCCGAUCGUAUUGUUGUCGACGGUGCAAGCCGAAGCGCUCGACGCACACGGAAAUCCCUUCCCCGUUCGUAUUCUGUUGGAUAGCGCGAGCCAGCUAAACUUUAUCUCCAAAAGUUGCAUGCAGAGGGGUGGUUUCGGACGAACCAAGUGCCAUACGGUAGUUCUCGCGGUAAAUGAUACAAGGGCGGCUGCAACUCGAGGCCGCACUUCACUCGUAAUACAAGCACAGGGCAGGGAAAGCACGCGCACCCCAGUAGAGGCUACGAUUCUUUUGCGCAUCUCCGCCCCGUUACCUAGCAGUCAGGUCGAGCGAAGAGCGUGGAAACAUUUGAACGGAUUGCGGCUAGCUGAUCCGCGGUAUCACCGACCCGGUCCCAUCGACAUCCUGAUCGGCGCAGAAAUCUUCGCGUCGUUACUUCGGGAUGGCCGUCGCGUGGGAAAGAAGGGCGAACCAGACGCCUUCAAUUCCGUCUUCGGCUGGGUUUUCGUCGGUUCGGUAUCGACGCAGGCGCCGGGAUCCACACAUUCGUUUAUGACUCUCGAUUCGUUGGACGCAUCUCUUAGUCGAUUUUGGCAACUAGACGAGAUUCCAUCGGUCCCACCGUAUUCGCAGGAAAAUAAACGUUGCGAGGAAUUAUUCGCUCAGACCACGCGUCGGGACGCGUCCGGUCGUUUUGUCGUAUCGUAUCCUUUCAAAAGGGAUAAACCUUGUUUUGUCGGCACGCGUCAAGUAGCCCUAAAUAGAUUUCGCGCACUUGAGCGUCGCUUUAAAUUAGAUGCAGAGUUUAAAUUGAACUAUAACAAAUUCAUGCAGGAUUAUUUGAAUAACGGUUAUAUGAAACUGAUUGAACGGCCGUUCCCGGUGGACGGACCUGUAUUCUGUUUGCCCCAUCAUGGGGUAGUCAAAUCGGAUAGCACUACCACAAAAUUGCGGGUCGUAUUUGACGCCUCGGCGAAGGAUUUGAACGGCGUUUCGUUGAACGACGUAUUGCGAUCCGGGCCUAAGUUACAGACGGAUAUAGUCGUGAUAUUGUUGAGGUUCCGGGUAGGCCGCGUGGCGCUCACUGCGGACGUCAGACAAAUGUUCCUUCGGAUCUUGGUCGAGCGCGGUCAAUGUGGCUAUCAGAGAAUAGUCUGGCGUUUCUCGGAGAAUGAUCCGAUAUUAGACUACUUGAUGUUGACCGUCACUUUUGGAUUGACGUGUUCUCCGUUCCUGGCAAUCGCCUGCUUGUUGAAAUUGGCAACGGAAGGCAAAGUGAGUUACCCUCUGGCCGCGGCGGUCUUGGAGGAGAGCGUCUAUGUCGACGACGUGGUGGCGAGCGUCGAAUCUGAGAGGGAAGCCCGUGAGCUUCAGCGGCAGCUACAAGCUUUGCUUAAAACCGCGGGUUUCGGGCUCAGGAAAUGGGCCAGCAGCCAUCCGUCAGUCUUAGCAGGUCUCGAUCCGGAGCUUUGCAGUCAAUCAUUGCUAUCGUUUGAAUCCUCGGAAGAUCAGUUUCUCAAAGUUCUCGGACUUCGUUGGUAUCCUCAAACGGACGACUUCGGCUUUCAGGUCCACCCGUUGGACAGAGAUUGUACCAAACGCACCAUUCUCUCGGAACUGGCUCGUAUUUUCGACCCGUUAGGCUUUCUGACUCCCCUUACGUUUGCAGCUAAAAGACUGAUACAGCAACUCUGGGUGCUCAAAUUAGAGUGGGACGAUAGGCCUCCUUCGGAAGUAUGUUCUCGAUGGGGACGAUACAAAUCGGAACUCCCCGCGCUAGCUUCCAUUCGCAUACCUCGUACUAUCGCCAUAGCCAACGUAAUCCGACGGGAGAUACACGGAUUUUGUGACGCGAGUGAACAGGGCUACGGAGCCGUUGUAUAUAUUAGAAUCGUCGCCGAGGACGGGGUACUGAUUCGAAUGCUCAGCGCCAAGUCAAAGGUGGCCCCGCUUAAGGCCAUCACCUUGCCGAGACUCGAGCUUUGCGCAGCCGUUUUACUGUCGGACUUAGCGGAGUAUAUCGGGAACAUCCUCCGGCCUAAGAUUACUAUCGACGGCACGUACGCGUGGUCUGAUUCCGAGGUCGCGCUCGCCUGGAUACGUUCGGCCCCCCACCGUUGGAAGACGUUUGUGCGCAAUCGUGUGGCCCGCAUCCAGUCCAACACAGAUAUCUCUUGUUGGAGACAUGUCGACACCAAGUCUAACCCCGCCGAUUGUUGCUCAAGGGGCUUGUUUCCUCAAGAAUUAGUGGAUCACCAGCUUUGGUGGACCGGCCCUGCGUGGCUCGCCGAAUUCGAACCCACUCCGGAAACGAUAUUGGAGACUGACGAUUUUCCGGAGGAAGAAAAAUCUCGUGCUUUUGUUGUUGUAAAUCCUGCUGAUGUCGUAAACUCUGCUUCUGUUGUUGAUUCGCUUCUCGAUCGUUUUUCGUCAUUGGAUAAACUCGUUAGAAUAUUCUCUUAUUGUCUUCGUUUUGUUAAUCGACUCAAGUCGAAUUCACCUCACAGAACUCUUGUUGUAGACCAAGUCGAAUUCCAUUCGACCCUGCUAGAUCUCGUUAAAGUUGUUCAAUCUUGUUGCUUUGCAGAGGAUCUCGAUAGAUUGAAACGCAAUCAGAAUUGCUCCAAACCUCUGCGACAACUCGCCCCUUUUGUGGACGCGCGCGGAGUCCUCAGGGUGGGCGGUAGACUCACGCACUCCGCAAUAUCUCAUGAGGCCAAGCAUCCCGCGUUAUUGCCCGGCGCGGUCGCUGCUCGCGGAUCUACAGCGACUGCGGCACCAAUUUCGUGGGGGCUCAGCGCGAGCUCGUCAGCUGCAUGGAGGCGGCCUCAGGGCGAGAACAAAUCCAGUGGUCCUUCCGCGCCACACUUUGGUGGCCUCUGGGAAGCGGGGGUUAAGGCGACAAAAACCCACUUGAAACGCGUGGUGGGAGCGCAGAUCCUCACGGUGGAGGAAUUCAGUACCCUCCUAGCACAGGUAGAAUCCAUCCUGAAUUCCCGACCUUUGUGCCCCACCAGCUCGGAUCCCCACGACCUCGGGGUGCUCUCCCCGGGGCACUUUAUCACAUUAGAGCCGCUCGUAGCGGUUCCCUAUCCCGACCUAGACCCGGUGCCGAUAGGCAGACUCGAUCGAUGGCAGCUGGUGCAGCACAUGCACCAACAGUUCUGGAAACGGUGGCAUGAAGAAUAUCUACACACCCUCCAGCAACGACCAAAGUGGCUAAAGCCGGCUGACGCAAUAUCAAAGGGCACGUUGGUCCUUCUAAAAACCGAAAACGCCCCUCCUCUGGCGUGGAGACGAGGGCGCGUCGAGGAAUUGCAUCCGGUGAGGACGGCGGAUGGCCUCCUUAGUCGCCCUCUGGUGAAGCUGUGCCCUCUGCCGAUGGACGGCUCACCGGAGGGACUCGCUCAAACAUAG